CUAUACCCAAAGGUGCACAGGCCAUUCAUGGACCCUACGCUUCUGGGUCUCUGAUCUAUUUGAUCAUUCUUGAUCUUCUACGUGGCAGCAUCUAGUAGAUCUUUUCGUCAAUACUUGGUUGAUGAAAACGUUAACUCUCUGUUAGUGCAUAUAAAACGGCAGCUUUUAUAGUUUCAUCCUCCCUUUCUUUUCCUUCUAUUAGAAAUAUCCUCCGCCUUACAAAAAGACAAGAAAGCACCGAAUUUUGGAGAAGAAGAAUGGCGGACCAACUCACCGAUGACCAGAUCUCUGAGUUCAAGGAGGCCUUCAGCUUGUUCGACAAGGAUGGCGACGGUUGCAUCACUACCAAGGAGCUUGGGACUGUGAUGAGGUCGCUCGGCCAGAACCCAACUGAAGCAGAGCUCCAGGACAUGAUCAAUGAGGUUGAUGCUGAUGGCAAUGGGACCAUUGACUUCCCUGAGUUCCUAAACCUCAUGGCCAGGAAGAUGAAAGACACUGACUCAGAGGAGGAGCUUAAAGAGGCCUUCCGGGUUUUUGACAAGGAUCAGAAUGGGUUCAUCUCUGCUGCUGAACUGCGCCAUGUGAUGACCAAUCUUGGGGAGAAGCUCACUGAUGAGGAAGUCGAUGAGAUGAUCAGGGAGGCUGAUGUAGAUGGUGAUGGCCAGAUAAACUAUGAGGAGUUUGUCAAGGUGAUGAUGGCCAAGUGAUCAGUCUGUCUCCACCAAAAACCGUAAUGAAAAUUAUCUUCUUUUAUAACCAAAAAAAAAAAAAAAAAAAAAAAAAGGGGUAGAACAGGGUUGACAAUAUGAUGCGCGGGCUUCUAGUUAAACCUCAAUCUUCAUUUUCAUCCGCCUUUACAGUGAGUAUAGUGUUAGUAGCAUGUUCUGCUGGUGGUGGUGGAGGAAGAAGAAUGUUCUAUUUCUAUCCUUAAGAUUGUCUUGCGAGUCUUUGCAGUUUUUGUCCCCUUUUUUAUUUGUUUCUUUUAGUUGGCUUGUGAACCUGAUUUACCUGGACGAUUCAAUGUUCAUUGUUGAUUGAAUGACUUGUUGUAUCGGUGGUACUCCUUUUAUAUCUCAGGAUCCAAAUUAAGAUAGUCUCCA